AUGCCGCCGUUGAGCGCCGUGCACGUGAACAAGCCCCUCGCCGCCGCCAACCGCCUCAUGGCCCACCGCGCCCCGCUGCUGCUCUCCGCCGCCAGCGCCGCCAUGGUCGCGGCGGACCUGACGCUCCUGUUCCUGUGGGCGCUGUCGCAGUCGGGGCUGUGGCGGCCCGUGUCGCGCGCCGCCUUCCCAGAGCGGCUGCUGGCGGCCCGGCGGCGGAGCCAGCUCCCGGGCGUGGACGUGCUGGUGGUGACGGCGGACCCGGCGCUGGGGGUGAUGAACACGGUGUUGUCGGCCAUGGCGCUGGACUACCCCGGCGCGAGGCUGAGCGUGUACCUGUCGGACGACGCCGGGUCGCCGCUGACGCUGCUGGCCGCCCGCAAGGCCUACGCCUUCGCCAGGGCCUGGGUGCCCUUCUGCAGGAAGCACUCGGUGCAGUGCCCGUGGCCCGACAGGUACUUGGGCGGCGGCGGCGACGACGAGGACGGCGGAGGCGAUUGCGGUGGUGGUGAGGCCGCCGCCGAGGAGAGGCGAAGAAUCAAGAAAAUGUACGAGACGUUCAAAGGGGACAUAGAGGACGCCUGCAGGAAGAGGAGCUGCUGCUGGACAAAAGAAGAACGCCAGGAUCACGAUGCUUAUGUCGAGAUCAUAACUGCCGCCGGCGAGGAGGAGGACGACCGCCGCCGCCGCCAUCACCAUGACGAGGAGGAGGAAGAGGAAGAGGAAGAGGAAGAGACGAGGAUGCCGUUGCUGGUGUACGUGUCCCGUGAGAAGCGGAGGGCGUCCCCGCACCACUUCAAGGCCGGCGCUCUCAACGCCCUGCUUCGGGUGUCGAGCCUUGUGAGCCACGCGCCCUACGUGCUGGUGCUGGACUGCGACAUGUCCUGCAACACCCGCGCCUCCGCCCUGGAGGCCAUGUGCUUCCACCUCGACCGCUCCCCGCCGGCGCCGGACAACCUCGCCUUCGUGCAGUUCCCGCAGAUGUUCCACAACCUCAGCCGCAACGACAUCUACACCAACGACCUCAGGUACGUCUUCGGGACUCGGUGGAUCGGCCUCGACGGCCUCCGGGGCCCGCUCCUCUCCGGCACCGGCUUCUACGUCCGGAGAGACGCCCUGUACGGGGCCACGCCGCCGCCCGCCACGCAAGCAGGUGGCUACUUCUCGUCGUCCAUGCUGGAGGCCGGCGAGCUGGCGACGAGGUUCCCACUCGGAGUCUCGGACCAACUCCUGGCGUCCCUGCGCAACCAGCUGCAAUCGUCAACACCCAGGCCCAGCAGCUCCGCCGCCGACAGCCGACGUCGUCCUCUUCCUCGAGACGCCACGCUUGUGGCCUCCUGCGCCUACGAGGAGGGCACCGGAUGGGGCGACCAGGUUGGGUUCAUGUACCAGUCGGUGGUGGAGGACUACUUCACCGGCUACCGCCGCUUCUUUGCCCGGGGCUGGACGUCGGCCUACUGCUACCCGGCGAGGCGCCCGUUCCUCGGCAGCAUGCCCACCAACCUCAACGACGUCCUCGUCCAGAACAAGCGCUGGAUGUCCGGCAUGCUCGCCGUCGGCCUCUCCAGACACUGCCCGCUCGCCUGUCCGGACCUCCUCGCCGUCUCCGUGCCCCAGGCCAUGGCCAUCGCCUACUUCGGCUUCCUCGCCCUCUACGCAUUCCCGGUGCUCUGCUACGCCACCCUGCCGCAGCUCUGCUUCCUCCGCGGCGUCCCGCUGUUCCCCGACGCCCGGUGGUUCGCCGCCGCAUUCGCGUCCUCGUUGCUCCAGCACCUGGUGGAGGUGUCUGUGGCCAACAGCAGGCUGGCGGUGCGGGCCUGGUGGAACGAGCAGAGGUUCUGGAUGCUCAACGCCGUCACCGGCCAGCUCUUCGGCUGCGUCAGCGCCUUCCAGGACCUGCUCGGCGCGGCGGCGCUAGACUUCGACCUCACCACCAAGGCCAGCGACGGCAGCCUCUACCGCAAGGGCGUCUUCGACUUCACGGGGUGCUCCACGCUGCUGCUCCCGGCCACCACGCUCUGCGUGCUCAACGCCGCGGCGCUCGUCGGAGGGACCUGGAAGAUGAUGACCAGAGGCGGCGCCCGCGGCGAGCUGUUCCCGCAGCUCUUCCUCCUGAGCUACGUUGCGGCGUUGAGCUACCCGCUGCUGGAGGGGAUGUUCCUCCGGCAGGAUCCCGCAAGGGUUCCAUGGCGAAUCACCGCGCUCUCAGUGGCCUUCGCCGCCGUCCUGCUCGCCCUGUUUGGAUGAGAGCUCAAAGGACAACUUGGCUUGGCAUGGUUCAAAUCUUUUACCUUUACCAUGUUUUAUUUUUGUUGGCAAGCAUCAAGCAUGUACUUUGAGGCUUUCAUCAAACAUUGAUAGCAUUCCUACUUCA